UACCGAGGGUAUUAUAUUCCCGAAAGUUGUGUAUGGUUAAAAUGUCGCUGUAACUAUAAGCAGAGGGAGUCAAGUCGGAAGAAAACAGCAAGAAUGGCGACUACAUCAAGAGAGGCAAUCAUUGUUGAAAUGGAAGAAGGUGAUGGAACUUCAAGUAAUUCCAACAUUCCGUACUGCUUGUCUUGUAUCUCAUUUUAUUUGGGAAGCUGGCCGUGCGGAUUGGUAGCAUUCAUCAUGGCUUACAAGGCAGAUGACUCCAUGGAGAGGGGCGACGUAAUACGGUAUAGACUCUACCACAGCGUUGGUUUAAUCCUGGGUGUGAUUGGCAUCUUCCUUGGUCUAGCAGCCUUUGCGCUUUUCUAUAAGUACGUGUUCCCCGUUUGGUACCUCUACCUCUACCUGACAGUGGAACCAGAAUAUAAAUUCCCUUAGCAUAGUGUGAAAAGCAGUUCAUGGGUCGAGGAGGCGGAUAUAUACGUUGUAAAUGUACUGUGGACAAAGAUUCUUUUAUAUUUGUAUUUCAUUAUAGUUGGAAAUAAAUUAUCGUAUUUUAUGAUCAACA